AUGUCGAGCUCGGACGACGACGCGCCCGCUGGGCUCGGCGCGCGCGGCCGCAAGCGCUCGCGCAAGGCCUCCGACGACGCCAUGCUCGGUGUGUUUGGCGACUCGUCCGAGGACGAGGGCGGCGGCGGCGGCGGCGGCCGUGGCGGCGGGCGAGGCGGCCGUGAGCGCGAGAGCAAGCGGCCGCUCGCCGAGAAGCCCGUCAGCUUUGCCAAGGCGGCCGCGCCCUCCGCGCCGCCGCCGCCGGCUCCGGCGCCGGCGGCGGUGGCGCCGGCCGACAAGGCGCCUCCCAGUCGGCCGUCGCGCGGAGGGCUGGGCUCGGGCGGGGCGAAGCCGCUGCCGGCGGAGAAGGUGGACAAGGAGUUUGGCGCCUUCGAGGCCCACUCCAAGGGGAUCGGCUCCCGGCUCCUCUCCAAGAUGGGGUGGAAGCCCGGGCAGGGCAUCGGCAAGGCGGGCGGCGGCGUGGUGAACCCGCUCGAGCAAAAGCUGCGUCCAAACUCAAUGGGGCUGGGGUACGGCGGGUUUAAGGAGACGACUUCGAAGGCGAAGGCGCAGCAGGCGCGCAUCCUCCACGGCGACGGCGCCGCCGACCCCCCGCCCUCGGGCGCCGAGCUCGACCGCGCCAACGCCGCGGCGGCGCCGCGCCGGGACAACUGGCGGCGCGGCGAGCGGCGCGAGCUCAAGGUGCGGUCGGCGCAGCAGCUGAUGGCCGAGUGGGAGGGGAAGGCGAGGCCGCAGAGGGGCGCCCCCGCGGAGGCUGGAGCGGCAGUCGUCGACAUGCGCGGACCCCAGCCCCGCGUCCACGCCUCUCUGGCCGACGCGGACGCGGCGGCGGCGGCGGCGGGGGAGGAGGCGGAGGCGGCGGCGGGGAUGCUUCCGGAGCUUCGGCACAACAUGCGGAUGCUGGUGGAGCUGUCCGAGGUCCGGAUGCAGCAGACGCACCGCAAGCUGCGCGCAGAGCGCGACGCGAUGCGCUCCUACUCCGCGCGGCGGGACGCGCACGCCGCGGCGGCGCGCCAGACAGCCACGCGGCUCGAGGCGAUCGAGGAGGUCCAGGCGGCGCUACGCCGGUGCGUGGCCGGCGCCAAAGCCGUCCGCCAAGCCCAGCUCUCCUCCGCUGCGCCCGGCGGCGGCGGCGGCGGCGGCGGCGGCGGCGGCGGCGGCGGCGGCGGCGGCGGCGGCGGCGGCGGCGGCGCGGCUUCUUCUGCCGCCGAGGCGUCGCUCGCGGCGUGGGCGGAGGAGUGGGGCAAGCUGCGGCGGGCCCACCCUGAGGAGUGGAGCGUGCACAAGCUGCACGAGGCGCUCGCCAACGAGUGGCGCGCGGCCGACGCGACCUCCGCGACGGCGCUGCUGUCCGCGUGGAGAAGCUUCUCGUCGCGAUUGGCGCGUGGGAUGCGGCGGACGACGGCGACGACGGCGGAGGAGGAGGAGGAGGAGGAGGAGGAGGAGGCGGAGGCGGCGGAGGCGGCGGAGGCGGAGGGGGAGGAGGGGGAGGCGGAGGAGGAGGCGGAGGCGGAGGCGGAGGCGGAGGCGCGUGCGGCGCUGCUGCUGCGCACCUUCUUCCCGCGCUGGCCGGCGGCGGCGCCCGGCCUCAUCGACGAUGUCGCCGUGCGGGCGCGCUUCGACGCGGCGCUGCACCGCAUCAACGCGGCCUUGGACGCGGAGCAGGCGCUACCACACCACCCACGGGACCGAACCCACACUGGAUUCGGUACUCUGGAGGUAUGGGACGUAGGCGCCGUCUUCAUGCCGCUCGGGGUGCGCAGCGAGGGGCGCGCCGUCUUCUCGUUUGGCGGCGUGCAGGUGGUGCUCGACAGCGACAAGAAGCUGGUGUACGCGCGCCAGCUGGGCGGGGGAGGGGGAGGGGGAGGGGGCGGGGGAGGGUUCCGCCCUAUCAGCCUCAAGGAGCUCGUCGCGCUUGCCGGUGGGUCUGCGGGAGAGGGCGCGUGA